AUGACACAUAGCCACAAGAAGAAAUCCCGCUCCUCACCUCGGAAACCCAAAACACCUACUGCUGUAGUGAAAAAUGUCACUACGGUUUCUCAAAAGACCAAAGGAGCUCCUCGUUACUGCAAAACAUGUCCAGGCCACCCAUUAAGAGCUUCAAUUGAGUGCCAGCAUAGUGCUAUUUGGCGGAAGGCAAAUGCUUCCUCCAGGACUCAGGAAAUUUCCAAUGGUAACAACACUGAUCAACAAUCUGCAACCACUCCGGGCGAUAUUCUUGGACUUCUCCCACAAGCCCCGCCAUAUUUGCAGUAUGAAUCCAAUGGAAUUCUGGGCCUUUCUCGUCCAAAGACCACACUGCCCACCGGUGCUAGAUCCGAGUCCGAGCAUGAGCCAUUGCCGGGCUCAGGGCGUAACCCUGACAAAGAGUUGCCCUUUCCUUUGGAUCCGGCACUUCAGAUCACAGAUAUCAUGUCGGCUGUUCACCGCAGUCAUGGUCCAUUAUCAUCGCCAGUUGUGUCUACAUAUGCUGCCAGUCCCAGCAUUCACAGCAGUGGACGUGGUCCAUUAUCAUCACCAGGAUCUGGUUUGGUAGCAGCUAACAGAUUGCGAGUGCGUGUUUCUAAAGAUAAUGCAACCUAUGGCUGGGUUGAAGGGGCGGGCCGUGGCCAGUUUCCUUUAGGCGAGGCACUUUGCAACUUAACCGUCAUUUGA